UUCCGGAACUGAUGGCGUAGUGGGAGGAGCCAGAGAAAAUGAGCAGAGGCUACCGGGACUGGAAAACUCAGGGAUCCAGACUAACCCCCUGCAGCUAGAGUAAACGGCAGAGGGGGAGCCGAGACCGGGUUCCAGCGAGGCAACCAGGACGUGAGAGCUCACCGGAGCUACGAGAGUCACGUGGGACGGACUGCAAAACUCACCCCAGUCAGAGCAUCACGGUGGCGGGAACCACAGGCCGGGGUCUGGAAAACUAUCAGGUCAGCGCAGCGUGAUGUGACUGUGGAAUUUGCCUGGAGAAGGAGGAAUACUUAGACCCUGCCCAGAGAGCUUUGGACAAAAACCUGCUGAUAGAGAACUACAGCAGUCUGAUUUCUGUGGGGCACAGCACUGUAUUUGAUCUAAGUACUUAAUGAAUCAAUCUGUUUCUCACAUGCAAAUCUCACACUGAUGACACCUGGUCACCUGUCUGGAGCAAAACAAAGAGCCUUGGAAAGUGAAGAGGCAGUAACAAAGGACCAGAAGAAUUCCUAUCAUUGUUCUUAAUACAAAAGGCUGAGAGAAGAGAGCAACAAGGAGAAAUGGAUGGUUCUCUGGUAAACACAUCUCAGGGUCUGUUGACAUUCAGGGAUGUGGCUGUGGACUUCUCCCAGGAGGAGUGGGAAUACCUGGACUCUAUUCAGAGGGCUUUGUACAUUGAUGUGAUGAUGGAGAAUUACAGCAAUCUGGUCUCUGUGGAGAACUAUUGCAUGUGUGAGAUUGUCCAUCAACAUAUGGAUAGUGAAGAGAUAUAUUCUAAAUGUAAUAAUGAUGUUGAUGAAAUCCUUCAUGAAUCCAACAGAUAUACAGUUUAUAAAACAAGUAAUACUACAGAAUAUUUUGAUAACUUUAGCUGUGAUUGUAGUCACAGGAAUACCUCGAUUGAAUCAUCAAAUCUAAAUAGAGAUAAAAGCAUGCACACUGGAGAAGAAACUUGCAAAUGUAAAAAUUCAUUAUUUGCCACUACCUACAAACUUAUGCAACAUGCAGUCUGUAUUGGAGAGAAACCACACAAAUUUAGGAAGUGUGGGAAAUGCUUUGGUUCCUGUUCAAGCCUCACUGGACAUCCAAGAAUUCAUACUGGAAAGAAGCUAUAUAAAUGUGAUGUUUGUGACAAAUCCUUUACCCAUUGCUCAAAUCUUAGAACACAUAAAAAAAUUCAUACUGGAGAGAAACCUUAUAGAUGCAAUGACUGUGGUAAGUCUUUUAUUCAGUUGUCGGCACUUAAAAGCCAUUUCAUUGUCCAUACUGGAGAGAAGCCUUACAAAUGUCAGGAAUGUGACAAAUCCUUUGCCCAUGGUUCCACUUUCAGGAGACAUAAGAAAAUCCAUACUGCUGAGGAACUUUAUACUUGUCAAGAAUGUGGCAAAGUGUUUUAUCAGUUGCUAUACCUUAAAAGCCAUUACAGAACCCAUAUUGGUGAGAAGCCUUACAAAUGCAAUGAGUGUGACAGAUCAUUUAUUCACUGUUCAUCUUUUAGAAAGCAUCAGAAAAUACAUUCUAUAGAAAAACUAUACAUGUGCAAAGAAUGUGGUAAGACUUUCCUUGAGUUGUCACAUCUUAAAAGGCAUUAUAGAACCCAUACUGGAGAGAAGCCUUACCACUGUGAAGUAUGUGACAAAUCCUUUACCACAAACUCAAUUCUGAAAACACAUCACAGAAUUCAUUCUGGAGAGAAACCUUACAAAUGCAAAGACUGUGACAAAUCCUUUACCCAGCAUUCAAAUCUUAGAAGGCAUCAGAGAAUUCAUACUGGAGAGAAGCCUUACAAAUGUCAUGAAUGUGACAAAUAUUUUACCCGAUUCUCAACUCUUAGAAGACAUCAGAAAAUUCACACACUGGAGAUAAAAAUACCAUUGUAAGUAAGUUGGCAUAUUCUUUAUCAAGAUCUUUAUCUUAGCCGGAUGGUGGUAGCUCACGCCUUUAAUCCCAGCACUCAGGAGGCAGAGCCAGGCGGAUCUCUGUGAGUUCGAGGCCAGCCUGGGCUAUGGAGUGAGUUCUAGGAAAGGUGCAAAGCCACACAGAGAAACCCUGUCUCGAAAAAAAAAAAAAAAAAAAAAAAAAAAAAGAUCUUUAUCUUUUUGAGGCACAACAGGAUCUAUUAUAGAGAGAAACAAGGACAAAAGAAAUUUUUGAAACUCUUUAAUGAAGGUUGGAAUCUUAGAAAAUAUCACAAAAAUUUAUACUGAAGAAAAUUCUUUCAAGUGUAACAAUGUGGGGAAAUCUUUAACAAAAACAUUUUUGUAGUACAAUAUCAAAAAUAGAUAUAAUGAGGACAAAAUGUAGGAACCUGAAGAAUGUGUACCAGUUUUGUUGUAUAUCAGAAAACCUAUACUGAAGAGAAACCAUAUAAAAUAUAUACCCAUGUGCUAUCCUCAUGUCCUGCUCUUCAUUGGAAAUUCCACACACUACAGAACCCUCAAAAUGCACUCAGUUUGUCAAAUCUUUCUUCUAAUGCUAACAUUGUAGAUACAUUGGAAAACUCAUCCUGAAAGAAACCCAAGAAAAUGCCUUAAUAAAAAUUUGUCUUUUAUUCCACCUUCAAAAUAUUCAUUCUGGAGUAAAACUCUACAAGUACCAAGAAUGUAAGAAACCUUGACAGAGACAUGUGAGUGUAACAGCACAUGCAUGCUUGUGGAUAAUAGCUCUGAAGUCCUCAAGAAGGUGCAGGAAAAUCAUUUUUAAAUACUCAACAUUGAGAGGUAUUUAGUCCUGCUUCAAAGUGCAAUAAUAGAAGAGUGAUAUUAGAAAGACCAAGGCAUAAAGACUUGUAGACACUAUAAAAGCCAGUGUGUUGUAAAGAACAAAACCAGAUGAAUACAUGAAUUUUUCAUGUGUUUGAGUGGAAGUGAAUUCUUAUAUUUGAGCAAAUAAAAUGGUGUUUGCUAACA